AUGCUGUAUAAAUACUACGGGGUGAAGCUGCAAAAAUCAAGGCAGAAAGAGUUGGUUAGGGAGCAGCUCAGAAAACUGCUAAGUUUUUCACUGCAGGAGGAAAAAGACAGAGAGGGAAUCUCAGAAAGCAUAAACAUCGUUGCCUAUUGUCACCUGCCACAAAUUUUAGAGGUCCUGGAGGAGGCUGGUCACUUCCGUCAGCCAAAGUCACCUUCUGAACUUAAAGCCCCGACUGAGGACUUACAGACUCUCUCUGAAAGAUGGAUUCGGACAACGUUAAUAUUGUGUUAUGGCCAAGCAGUCCUCGGAGCCCAAGCAAACGAGAUGGUGCCUCUCCUGGACAACAUUGUCUCUGAAAUUCUUGGGCAGUAUGGCACCAUGAACAAGGACGAAGGGCUGAAGACUGCGUUCAUGAGGUCAAUUAUCAUGAUCACGAAAGCUGUUGCCUACAGCAAGAGGCAAGACAUCUAUUUACCACGUAAACAGGAAUUGGUCAUGAACAUCAUUGAAGCCAUUGAAGAGCAUCCCGCAAGAGCCCUGUCUGUCGUCAUUCUCCAUAAAGCAAUCGUCACCAUCACCUGCAUGAGCCGUAUGAAGCCUCCCUUGAACUCGGAGAUGAGGGCAAAAGUGGCAAGUAAAAGCAUCGAGAAGGUGUUUUCCUUGCCACCUUUGAAGAUGACCACACUGCAAGCAAGCAGCCCAGCCCAAUCAACUCAAACUCAGGAUUUUUAUCACCAGACAGUGAACGCCUGCAACACCAUGCUCACCAGCUUGCUGUCCGAGGCUCCCAAUCUGGAUGCCCUGCAGGAUAUCUUGAUGGAUUUUUAUCACCAGACAGUGAACGCCUGCAACACCAUGCUCACCAGCUUGCUGUCCGAGGCUCCCAAUCUGGAUGCCCUGCAGGAUAUCUUGAUGCACACGAAUCCCUGGAUUGAAUCUUCCAAGAGUCAUGAGAAAAAGAGGGCCCUUAAGAGCACCAGGCACCUCCUGAAGUUUGUUUCAGAAAAUGUAAAUUUUGACAUCACAGCUGAGUUUUUUUUGCUGGGACGGCUGGUGGCUUUGCUGGCCCUGCACAUUGGCGAUACCAGCAAAGAAGUUGGCCAGACGUCCGCAGAGGCUGCCUACUACCUCCACCACCUCCUCAUGAGCAAAAUGGUCCCACCUAAUGUGUUAACUUAG